GUCGACGGGCGCUCCGCCGCCAGCGCCCUCGCGGGGGCGGAGGGCCUCCGCGGGCCGUGCCUCCUCGCGCUGCGGGCGUGGGCGCCCGCCGCCCACGUGCGCGAGGCCGUGCGCUCGGCCUGCACGGUGCCGGCGCAGAGCAGGCAGCGGCAGGAGUUCAGGCAGGCGCUAGAGCUCGAGUACCAGCGGCAGAGGUUCAGGCAGGCGCUGCGGCAGGAGCGGGCCGCGGCGGCGAAGAGCCCCCCCGUGCAGGCCGCGGCGCGCGGGGACAGCGCCCCGGAGGCCCCGGCCCGGGGCGCGCUGCGGCCGGCGAGGGUCGCCGCCAGCGGCGGUGGCCAGGCGCCAGCCGUGAGCAGCGGCAAGGGCUCGGGGCCGGAGGCGGCUGAGACCGGUGCGCGCGAGGGCGCGGACGGGGGGGAGCAGGAGGAGUCCGAGGGGGACGACCGUGGUGGUGGUGGCGAUGCAGAAGUGGAGGAGGUCGGCGACGACGAGGCGCCGCGCGCGGCCAAGGCUGCGGUGCGCGACGACGCGGAGCGACGGGAGGACGAGGAGCGCCCUGCGGCCGAGGCGGUCGCGCGAGAUGGCGAGGAGGAGGGCGAGGAGGAGGAGAAGGAGGAGGAGGCGGAGGAGCAGGAUGAUGAUGAGGAGGAGGAGGGUGAGGAGGAUGAUGAGGAGGAGGAUGAGGAGGAGGAGGAAGGUGCGAGGCGUGCAGAGGGGGAGAAGGAGGAUGAUGAGACACAGCGCGCGGCCGUGGCGGCCGCGCCAGGGGGCGUGGAGGUUGCUGAGCAGGGGGAGAAAGAGGUGGAGACAGAGCGUCGCACGUCCGAGGCUGCUCCCAGGGAGGAGGCGGAGCGGACGGGAGGCGAGGCGCACAGUGAGGAGGAGGAGGAAGAGGCGGAGCACCGGCCCAGGGGCGGAGAUGCCAUGCGGGAAGAUACAGGGCAAAAGCAGGACGAGGAACGGCGUGCGUCCGAGGCUGCCGCGUUGGAGCGGAAGGAGGACGAGGAACGGUCUGCGGCCGAGGCGGCCGCGCGAGAGGCCGCGGAGCGGAACGAGGCUGCGGAGCGGCGCGCGGCCGAGGCUGCCGCGCGAGAGGCCGCGCAGCGGGCGGCGAGGGAGGCGGAGGAGGAGCGGGAGCGGCGCGCGGCCGAGGCGGCCGCGCGAGAGGCCGCGGAGCAGGCGGAGGAGGUGCGGCGCGCGGCCGAGGCGGCCGCGCGAGAGGCCGCGCAGCGGGCGGCGAGGGAGGCGGAGGAGGAGCGGGAGCGGCGCGCGGCCGAGGUGGCCGCGCGAGAGGCCGCGGAGGGGGCGGCCCGCGGGGCCGAGGAGGCCCUGGACGCCCUGCCGCCCUCGAAGGGGCGCACGAACCCGCUGCUGCAGGCGCGGCGGAGCCCUGGGCCGGCGGCUGCGCGGACGCCCGCGGGCGGGGCGGCGCCCGCGGAGCGGCAGGUUGGGGAGCCCGGCGGGCCGCGGGGCAGUGGCGGCCUCGCCGUCGGUGCCCGCGGUCCGCUGCGGCGCGCCCGCAGCGUCGCCGAGGGCGCAAGGCCGCGGGCGUCGUGCGGGCGGGGAGGUCCCCUGGGCCCCAGCGCCCAGGCGCGGCUGGAGACGUCCUGGCAGGCGCAGCUGGAGCGGACUGGCCUGGGCGCGCUUCCGACGUGGCGUCGACCUCUGGCGCUGUCUCCCCGAAAGGGAGGCCUCCCACCGGGUCCGGCGCUGGGCUGGGCGUGCUGGUGGGCCCCCGAGGUGAUGCUCGGAGCAGCGCCCUCGACGGCCUUGGCCGCGGCGCUCCGGCCGAGGCUGCACGUGCCGGGGCGCGCGGGGGCACCGCGGACAUGCUCCUGGGCCCCACCAGGGAUGUCCAGGUCGAGGAGUCGCCCAAGAGGACCACGCCAGCGCUGACCCGGGAGCUCCAGGCGCUGCUGGGCCCCGCCGGGCACGUUCGCACCGAGGGCUCGCCCAAGAGGGCCACGCUCGCCUUGGCGGCCAGCCCAUCCCGCGGCGAGGUGCCCCCUAGGGGGGCCCGGUCUCCGGCUCGGGUGGCCCGGCUUCCCGCCGUGCCGCUCGAGGCGUCGCCCAAGAGGGCCACGCUGGGCCUGGCGGCCAGCCCGCCCCGAGGCGAGGGGCAGUCGAAGAGGGCUCGGUCGGCGUCGCCCAAGAGGAGCAAGCCGCCUCCACAGGUGGCCGGCUCCCGCUCGCCCGCGCGGAGGAGGCGGCAGGACCCUGCCGCGGAGCAGGACGCGGACUGCGCUAACCAGUGAAGCGAAGGGCGCCGGCCGCGGGGCGACAGACGCGGCCCGGCGGGAGGAGUAGG